GUGUACGCAACGGAGAAUCUUUGACAAUCUGAUACUAGUUUGUACAUAAAAUUUGUGUGUGGCGUUUUACUUUUUCAAUAAAUCUGCAUAAUACAUAACAAUGGCCGAUACAUUUACUGUGAUAACUCCGCAUUAUGUAAAUGUUGUUAUUACUACCUCCAAGCAACAAUCCGGAGCCAGCAUAGAACGACGAUUUCAGAAAAAUGUACCUGUUCGAGAACUCAAGGACAAACUUGAAUUACUGACAGGUGGAAGUGCAGCAACUAUGAAAAUAGAACUAUAUAACAAGGAAGACACACUUGUGUCGAAAUUGGAGGAUGAUACUGCUAUACUGGGAUCUUUCCCCAUUGAAGAUGGAAUGCGUUUGCAUGUUAUUGACAAAUUUGAAUUGCAGACUGAAUUUGAAGAUCUAUUGAAAGUUGAAAAAUUUGAAUUACCUCCAGAAGAGUAUGCCAAGAGGCCAGGCACGGUGAAAGCUUUCCUAGAGUCUAACAAACUUGGGAAAUACAAUGAAGAGGAAAUGAAAAGACGUGAGGAAGAAAGGCGGCGUGAGGAAGAGGAAAAUGAACGUUUAGCUAAAGCAGCGACUGUGGGUAGCCGUUGUGAGGUCAGUGUCCCAGGCAACCCAAAGCGCAGGGGCACAGUGAUGUAUGCAGGUCAGGUUGACUUUAAGGAUGGCUGGUGGAUCGGUGUCAAGUAUGAUGAACCACUUGGCAAAAAUGAUGGCAGUGUGAAUGGCAAGAGGUAUUUUGAAUGCCAGCCAAAGUAUGGAGGAUUUGUGAAACCAGUACAUGUUACAGUCGGAGACUUCCCAGAGGAAAAUUAUGAUCUGGAUGAAGAACUGUAAUAUAUUGGAAACAUUCUAUUAAUGGUGGGAUUGCUUGAAACAAGGCUGAAGCACAGUGCACAUUUAAAGACACUGUUGUAAAUAUUUUUUUACAUUAAUGAGCUGUUUUGUUAAUUUUGGUUGCUUCCUUUAACUAAUCACACUUAAUUUAAUAUUCAUGUGCCUAACAAAUGACAUAUUUGUGCACAACACAACAUGUGAUAUUAAAAAUAAUCGGAACAUUCCACUUACUAUCUCUGGAUUGCUGUUCAUUUGCAGCCAGGCUAAGACUUGCAAGAAAAGACAUUGAGACUGCUAAAUUCAUGUGCUGCCUGAUACUUUUCAUUUGUAAAAUGCACAUUUAUUGGUUAAUACAGAAAAAAAACUCAA